AUGGAGAAAAAACCGAUCUCACUCGACGAGCUCCUCACAAAACUACACCGUAACGACCCUAUCUCGCCCUUUAUGGUAACGAUCAUUGCGAAGCACGCGUCGACUCUCGGUGAAAGCAUCUGUGCCGACUACCAUACUCUGAACGCCAUACUUGUCCGACACGAAGCUACGAUACAGAAACACUAUUUUCACAUUCUCGACGAGGGGACUCAGGAUCCAAAGAGCGUCAAAGAGGCCUUGAUUGUACAGGACAAGCCAUUUCUGCCUUCAGAAGCUAAGAUGUGGCCCUUCAUAAAUUUGGAAGAUUUAUCGAAGCCAAAGUGUCUGCUGAUCUUUCUCAAUGCUCGUGGUCGAAAUGUUCCCUUGGCUUUCGCACCGACCGAGGAACUAUUCUGCCCGCUAGCGGCAAUGUCGCCAUGCGGUACCGAGCCGGAACUUGAGAAGUACAUGCUCCAGUUUUCAAGCGACCCAAGUUCUGCGCUAUACGGAAAGGUCCGUCCACGCACCAAAGCCUGGGAUGAGUACGUUCCUGAUAGCAACGGCUAUGAACAUUGUCCUCGAGUCAGUCUGCAGACUCUUCACAUUCAACAGCGGAUUCUUCGAUUCUUGGUCACUUGCAGCAAGCUUGUCUUGCACGAUCACACCGAGGAUACGCUGGUUCGAUAUCCUGCUCUAGACGAGCCGCCAUAUGCUGACCUCGAACUUCGGGCAGAUGUUGGUCAUACAACAUUCGCCGACGCGCUCGUCAAUGCGCCCUACAGGAGCCGAAGGUCUAUCGAUUUGGCUAGAUUGCGUGGAUAUUUCAAGGCCUCAUGUGAAGACGCAAAAGAUCACAUCUUUGCAUUGCGCGAGGACCCUUCUUACUUCGCAGACGUGUUUCUGGACUUAUCCGAUCACAGUGUCGAGAUGACACAUAAUGAAAAGGGGCAGGUCCAUCCGGAUCUGGGUAGUACCAAAUUCCUUAUGAACAUAGCACGCCAAAUUGUCUUCGAGGCUUACACCAUGUUUGCUAUCUGGCAAGAGCUAUGUGGCAUUGUGGAUAAGCUAACUGAAGCCUUCCACGAAGGGGCAGGGUCUAAUGAUCGCUUCAUAUCUCUCAUGAGCGAGCUGGCUUGCAGGACCCAAGACUUUUCAAAGUUCUUGCAGCAUGGACUUGCUAUAUCUGCUGUCAGUGCACCCAACAUACGAAAGUUUUUCGUCCGUGGGGAUGACUCAGCUACCGAUAAAGCGGUUCAAUUUUGGUCGUUGAAGAAAGCGAACCUCGAUGAAUUCAGCAUGAUCUCAUGGUUCAUGUACUUCCUCAAGGAACCAGAUGAUAAUCUGAAGGGCACAGCUACAUACCAUUUACUGGAUAAAAUGGCCACACUGAUGAGAACCAGCAAAGAUGCAAAAGCUUUGAUGUCGCCUCGGAUCUUAAAGCUCUUUGGUCGAGUAUUCCUCAUCGAAGAGUGCAUUAUGCAAUGCACAGUGUGGUACGAUAUACGGCAGAGCUACGACUUUGCCAAGGACGUAUCACACUCCCACGACGAAGACUUCUUCCGAUGGGCUCAUCAUAUGCAACACUGUCAACUUCCAGUUCACACCAUCAAUCCUUCUCGAGGGAAGUUAGCAUACCCUAUCCACAAGCCUCGUAAUAGGAGCAACGUUCGUACUAUGCGUACUGCUGAAGCGAAUCUCGAUCGAUUCUGGGACUGCGUUGACACGUUCUACGAGGAGCAUACAGGGGUCUCUCAACACGGAAUCAUUCGUCAGUGUAUCCUAGAAGGAGGACAGAUGCAGCGUACGCCACCAUGGGAGGAACCUUUGGCUACCAUUCCUAAACCAAUGGAGCAGCCGGAGUAUGUCUACCAACCCUUCUCGAGGAUCUUCCACAACAAGGCCAUGCAGAUCACUGGAGCUUUUGAUCGGCUAGCUAUCGAAGAGAAGACUAAGCCGAAAACAAAAGGCAGCACAAUUAUCGCUGUGGUCGAUGAGGCUGCCAACCCGGUCCCUGCGGCUAGCGAAGACACAUUCCAGCAGACCUUCACCCUAGACAAGCGCGCGUACAGGACAAUGAAGGCCUUGUUCCAUGUCGCUUUGUCAGACGACGAAGACUUUCCCAAGGCCAUCAAGUGGGAUGAGUUCAAGCGCGCUAUGGUACGCAUCGGAUUUGCUGCGGAGAAGUUGCAAGGUUCCGCAUGGCAGUUCACACCUGGCGAGUCUCUCGAUGCCGACCGUGGCAUUCAUUUCCAUGAACCACAUCCCGACAGCGACAUACCGUACAUCAUGGCGAGACGAUUUGGAAGGAGGCUUGAGCGCGUAUAUGGCUGGCGCAGUGAGAUGUUCAGGCUGUCAUGA